GGCACGCGCAGCCGAGAAGAUGUCUCCGACGCCGCCGCUCUUCAGUUUGCCCGAAGCGCGGUCGCGGUUUACGGUGAGGCAAUUGAAGCACAAAGAGAUAAGGAGAUCUGCCCAAGAUAACACAGUCUACUCUUGGCAGAGUCAGGAAUGGAUAUUUCCAGUGUAAAUCUAACUCCUGGACGUAAAGAGAUAACUUUUCAAGUGUAUAAGUCUACCAGAGAAGCUUUGAACAACAAAAAUAUCAAGCCGUUGUUGAAUACCUUCAGCCAAUUACCUGGCAGUGAAAAUGAAAAAAAAUGUACCCUUGACCAAGCUUUCAGAGGUGUUCUAGAAGAAGAAAUUAUAAAUCACUCAUCAUGUGAAAACGUUUUAGCUAUUAUUUCUCUUGCUAUUGGGGGAGUAACUGAAGGUAUUUGUACUGCAUCUACACCUUUUGUAUUAUUGGGAGAUGUUUUGGAUUGUCUUCCUUUGGAUCAAUGUGACACAAUAUUCACUUUUGUGGAAAAAAAUGUUGCUACUUGGAAAUCAAAUACAUUCUAUUCUGCUGGGAAAAAUUAUCUGCUACGUAUGUGCAAUGAUCUCCUAAGAAGAUUAUCAAAAUCCCAGAAUACAGUCUUCUGUGGACGAAUUCAACUCUUUUUGGCCAGGCUUUUCCCUUUAUCUGAGAAAUCAGGUCUUAACUUGCAGAGUCAAUUUAAUCUGGAAAAUGUCACUGUUUUCAAUACCAAUGAGCAGGAAAGCACCCUGGGUCAGAAGCAUACUGAGGAUAGAGAAGAAGGAAUGGAUGUAGAAGAAGGUGAAAUGGGAGAUGAUGAAGCUCCAACAACUUGCUCCAUUCCAAUUGAUUACAACCUGUAUCGAAAAUUCUGGUCACUUCAGGAUUACUUCAGGAACCCUGUGCAAUGCUAUGAGAAGAUUUCAUGGAAAACUUUUCUUAAGUAUUCUGAAGAAGUUCUAGCUGUUUUUAAGAGUUAUAAACUAGAUGAUACUCAGGCCUCCAGGAAAAAGAUGGAAGAAUUAAAAGCAGGAGGAGAACAUGUAUAUUUUGCAAAAUUUUUAACAAGCGAAAAGUUGAUGGAUUUACAACUGAGUGACAGUAACUUUCGCCGACACAUCUUGUUGCAAUAUCUCAUUUUAUUCCAGUAUCUCAAGGGGCAGGUCAAAUUCAAAAGUUCAAACUAUGUAUUAACUGAUGAGCAAUCACUGUGGAUUGAAGAUACAACAAAAUCAGUUUAUCAACUACUAUCUGAAAACCCCCCUGAUGGAGAAAGAUUUUCAAAGAUGGUAGAGCAUAUAUUAAACACUGAAGAAAACUGGAACUCGUGGAAAAAUGAAGGCUGCCCAAGUUUUGUGAAAGAAAGAACAUCAGACACCAAGCCAACAAGAGUAGCUCGCAAGAGAACAGCACCAGAGGACUUCCUAGGGAAAGGACCCAACAAAAAGAUUCUAAUGGGAAAUGAGGAGUUAACAAGGCUUUGGAAUCUCUGUCCUGAUAACAUGGAAGCCUGCAAAUCAGAGACAAGGGAAUACAUGCCAACUUUGGAGGAAUUCUUUGAAGAAGCCAUUGAACAGGCAGACCCUGAAAACAUGGUUGAAAAUGAAUACAAGGCUGUGAACAACUCCAAUUAUGGCUGGAGAGCCCUGAGACUGCUGGCACGCAGAAGCCCUCACUUCUUCCAGCCAACCAACCAGCAGUUUAAAAGUUUGCCAGAGUACCUUGAAAACAUGGUAAUAAAGCUAGCAAAGGAACUACCGCCUCCUUCUGAAGAAAUAAAAACAGGUGAGGAUGAAGAUGAGGAAGACAAUGAUGCUUUACUGAAGGAAAAUGAAAGCCCUGAUGUUCGGCGGGACAAACCUGUGACAGGGGAACAAAUAGAAGUAUUUGCUAACAAGCUGGGCGAACAAUGGAAGAUCCUGGCUCCCUACUUGGAAAUGAAAGACUCAGAAAUUAGACAGAUUGAGUGUGACAGUGAGGACAUGAAGAUGAGAGCUAAGCAGCUACUAGUCGCCUGGCAAGAUCAAGAGGGAGUACACGCGACACCCGAGAAUCUGAUGAAUGCACUGAAUAAGUCCGGAUUAGGUGACCUUGCAGAAAGUCUAACUAAUGACAAUGAGACAAAUAGUUAGCUUCUUUUUUUUUUUUUAUUAAAACUGUGAUUAAGAUUUUGUUACCAAGCAGCAUUUGAUAAGAGGUCCAAUGGUUUUGGUAAACAAUAAACAUUUUUGUAACAGUUGUA